AAUUCCUCCUGGCGUUCUGCUUCACUUCCCUGCCACCUUUGUUAUCACAGCCGCUCUGAUUUUGUUUAGUCUACGGACACCGAUAGCACUGUAUUCAAUGAGCUUCGAGUUAGGGGAUACAAGAUGCAUUUCACUGUAACCAAGGAGGUGGGCUGGGAGGCGGAUGAUGGAAGGGAGGACCUAAAGCCGAACCUCGGAGUCAAAAAGCGAUACCGCCUCAUCCUCGACUUUUCCCGGCGCUCCUCGAAGGCCAAAGGUGGCACUAGCAAGGCCCCCCCUCCCGAGUCCGAGGCGGAGGAAGAGGACUCAAUCUAUCUCAACGAGGAUGCCAACUUCCACCCCCGCCACCAUUAUUGCUACAACUGCGAGGCGCUCCGGUCCGCCCAGUAUCAUCAGGACUUCCCCCUGAGGGGCGGCAAGCCCCCCAGGCCCAGUCUCUGCGCCCACUGCCGCUUUCAUCGGAAAUCAAGACUCGCCAAUGAGUCCCAGCAUGGCAGACGCCGCCGCAGGGCCUCCGACCCCGAACCCCGUGGCGAUGAGCGGGAGUGGUGCGCCAACUGCGGCACCCUCCGCUCCAACAAGUACCAUGACAAGCUCCUGUCCGGCAAGGUGGCCCCUUGGCACGAGGUUUGCGGCCGGUGUGUGAUCAACAUGGUGAAGAAGAAGAACCGUGACCGGCUGUGGUACUACGAGUUGGCCGCGGCCGGCCGGGGCGAGGAGGAUAGGGACGACCCCCUGAGGGACAGCCUCCAGCACCGCCGGAGUAGCCCGUACGUUUUCACCCCGGUUUCCUCUCGUGAUGGGAGCAAUGUUGUCUCCGCUGCGACUUCGGCGUCGGGCCCUCGGAAUGGAUUCGAGCAGGCAAAAGACCCGAAACACGGCAUAUCGCCCCUUGCCACGACCCGUGCCCGUGAGGGAAUGUCCGGCCCAUCCCCGAGUACGAGCAGGGCCCCAGAACGGCCCCAAGCCAACAACAUCCGGAAGGUUACCGUCGAGAACCCUACUUCGGAAGAUGACCGCUCCCACGUGCCGAGGAGCGGUCAAGUGCGCCGGAGAGGUCGGGAGGCCCAACAACCCCAGCAGCAAGCGAAGUCUCGCGAGGCGCCUCCCCGCCCCGCUAUGUCAGGCAAUACCAAGCGCAAAGAGGCGUAUGAGCAGCCCAGGCGUCAACAACCGAGUAAGCCGACACAUGGGCGGCCGAAGAACACGCAGGCUCGUGAGGAGUCCCGCAGAGCAGCAGCCAGCAGCAGCAGGGGAAGUGUUGAGCUCCCCCAGGAGGGACGGGAGCUGCGUGAUUACUUCCGGCCGCCACAUCUGGAGGAGCACUUUAAGCGGCAGACUCAGCCGAAGACGAGGCCUCACGAGCCUCGCCACAAGCCUGUGCCAGCCCCGACCCCGACCGCCACCCCCAGCUCCCCGCAGAAGCAGGAGCCGUACGAGACGCGGGAUUACUUCAGGCUCCCCAACCCAAAGCGGCCGCUUCAACCGGGCGAGAAGCCCGCCACGGCUCCCGAGCCCAAGCAGCGCCACGAGCCGGGUGAGUCUCGCGAGCGCCAGUCCACUCGCCACAACCACCGGAAGCGUGUGUCCAUGUCAUCCAUGCAAUCCCCCGUGGCCCCGGCCGCCGAGCCGGUUUACUUCAAGUGCCCGCUGCCCGCCAGCGCCCAGGCGCAGAAGCCGAAGCCGAAGCCCAAGCCGGAUCCCAGACCGACUCACCCCGCCAACCCGCUCCCCAACCGUCGCAAGCCCGAUUCCGAGUCCAAGACCCGCCCCGAGCAGUCGCAGCCACGCCAGCAGCAGCAGCAGAAGGAGCAGCAGCCCCACAAAGAGAAGCCGAGCCGCCCGAUGGGCAUCUCCGACAUGUACUGGUCCUCAGAGCACGGCCGGGCGGAGCAGACCUUCACGGCAGCCGGUAUCUUCUUCCCCGACGCAGCACACGACGGCGGUGUCACCAGGGAUGCGGCGGAUCCCUGCCACCCUGGCACCAAUACUCCUACCGGCGGUAACGGCAGCAACAGCGACAAGAGCAGCAACAAUAGCGGAAACGACCGCAACGGCAGCAGAGACGGCAACAGAACCCGCAACAGAAGCAGCAGUCACAACGAUACAGACAACAACACCCACUGCCCACCCACCCCCACCACGGACGAGCCCGCCAGAACGAUGCCGAUGCCCGACUUUGGCCACGUCUUCCGCGCGUCGAUGGGACACAUGGCUACCGCAGAGCCCGCCGGUUUUGAGAAGGACGAUUAUUGUAACCAGAUCUGGGAGGUGGAUUCUGACGAGGCGGAGGAGAUUGAGGAGGGGCGUGCGCGGUUGCUUGGGGAGGAUGAGGAUGGUGUGAAUAAGGAUUGUUAUGGGAGAGGAGUGAGGAAGGGUUGGAGUUGAUUGUGAGGUCCUGUCGUUGGGGUAGGGUUCUUGUUUGGUUGUUAGGAUGGUUGGGAUGGCUGGCUUUUGUUGGGGAGGGG